CAGUAAUGGUAACAUAUGAUGAUGGUUAUAGUACUUUCAACUGCUUGGGAUUCUUCACGUCUUCUUUGUAUUAUAUUCGAUAUAAACAACCGAAGACGGAAAUCACUUGGAGGGUGAAAUCUAUUGAAAGAAAAAGAGUGUGUUUCGGUAGCCGUACUUUGAGUGGAAACCAAAGAGUCCAACUUGGAGCACCUCGGAAUUUAGCAACUGGACAUCGUUUCUCGUUGCGUUGUUGCUCAGCUCCUAAUUCAGAAAACUUUCGUGUUUCUGCACAAACAGAGAGAAGUAACUCUUUUAUAUGGUCUUCAGCUGUUUCCGUAAAGGCUGAUUUGACCCAAGCACUUGCAGACGUAAUUGCAAGAGCGAUCUCCAAGUUUCCAAAUGGAAGAACUGUCGAUCUUGCCUUGUUGUUUGUCAGUUCGCGAUAUACUUCCAAGCGUUUGGGAAUCCUUUCAAGAGGUGACCUCGAAGCUAUGAUUCCACACCUUCGUGGUAUUAUUCCGAGUUUGCAAGUGAUUGUGGGUUGUACUUCAAGUGGAAUGGUUGGCCACGAUGUUAGAGGGGAGCCUGAAGAAGUUGAAGGAGCUCCAGCUGUUAGUCUUUUACUGGCAUCUCUUCCUGACGUUGAGCUCAUCCCUUUUCAUAUUGAUGCUAGUCAGAUUCCCGAUCUGGAUAGUGGACCGGAUCGUUGGUUAGACCUGGUAAACAGAGGAAACCGUAGCGGUGUCGCUCCAGAAGAUAUUCGUGCGAUGAUUUUACUAUCCGAGCCCCACUUUUGUCAACAAGGCUAUUUGCAUAACUUAUUGCAAGGUCUGGAUUUUGUUUAUCCUCAGUGUAGUAAAGUGGGUACGGUUGCCUGUAGUAGAAGCUUGAAUGAAAGAGUACAGUUAAUCUAUUCUACUUUGGCUUUUGAGAAUAUGCCUAUUCAUGAAGAAGGAGUUGUGGGAAUUGCUUUGGCUGGAAAGGUUCGCAUGGAUGUGAUAACUAUUCCUAGUUAUCGCCAGAUAGGUCCUAACAUGGUUAUUCGUAAAUGUGAUAAGCAGUGUAUUAUAGAAUUGAGCCAAGAUUCGUCACCCAAUGUUUUCGGUUCGGUAGAACGGAUGCUUCAACAAUAUGUGGAUCGUCUUUCACCGAAAGAUAAAGAGUUGGCUGGUGGAAAUGUUUUCCUUGGUUUGAAUCAAUCCUCAGAUGGUGAUAUAGAUUCAUGGAGAAAUUAUAUCGUUCGAAAGAUUGAGGAGCCUUUCCAUAUCAAUGGAUCGUUAAAGACCUCAGAGGCAGUCUAUGUAGGACAACGAGUAGGAUUCUUCAUUCGUGAUUAUGACUUUGCAGUACAACAAGCUGGUCAUUUAUUUGAGUCAUUUAAACGACAACAGUUGACGAGUAAUAUUGAAGGCUCUGGUCCCUUCGCUACUGCUGGUAUUGCAUUUUUAUCUCAUACAAAGGGAAUGGAGUUUUAUCGGAUUCCUAAUUAUGAGUCUACAUUGUUUCAUUCAUUUAUGAAUGUGCCUUUAGUUGGAGUUUUUGGUGGUAAGGAAAUAGCAUCAAAUGAGUUACGAGAUGAAACACUUGUAUAUGAAUACACUUCGGUAUUUGGAAUAUUGGAAGAGAUGUGUUAGUUGUGUCGAUUCCUUUUUGUAAAAGUUAUUAUUUGGGGAACAGUGGGUUCGCAUAUAGUGAAUGGAAGAGGAUAACGAAAACUAUGCGGGUUUUAAAGAUGGAUGAUACGGAUGGAAAUAAAAAUGGAUGAAUUUAUAGAGAAACCCUAAAUAUACCACUGAGUCAAAGCUGUACAACUGAUACGUAACAGUUACUUCAAAAUGAGUUGCUCAAAUCAAUUCUUUGGAAGGGGCUCUUUCUGGUACAUUACCUAAUUGAAAUAAGGAGGCACGAUAAUAUUGCAUAUCUUCUUGACUCAGUUUUGUAUCACUUUUCUCUACCGAAGAAAUAUUGUUUGAAGUUAUCUGAUGAGUGCUAUCGAUAAAAGUUGGAAGACUCGGUUGUUUCAAUUCUAAUGAAGUGUCGGCUAAAUUG